AUUCUUCCUUCAUUGUCUUUUUGACAGCGAAUGUUUGUCAUGGAUAAUACAGUACACAGAGACGAACAAAGCAGAUCAUACAAUUAUUAUUUUUCAUACGAGUACUGUCAUAACACAAUAUAAUUCUUAUUAUUAACGGGGAAGAUCAUUUUAACAAAAGACGUUUAAAUAAUAACAUUACUUCCUUUAAAAUGUAUUAAGAUGAAGCAAUUUAAUCAAAGUAUCGUUCAACGAGAAAGCGGGGAACUAACACGAGACGGAGGUGCCACGAUCUAAGUAAGAUUGCAGUCUAUGACCUCCCCUUGGCUUCGAAACAGGAAUACGUACGGACAUCUGUGCGUGCGGCAAGCACAACCGUCCGUGUACGUGAGAGUGCACGCGUGGGUGUCAUAGCAGGCGUUUCUUUAUGAAUAGAGAAAUAGUGCUCGCGCCUUGAGUGCCUCGAUAAGUCGGUGAGUGUGAAUAUUUCUCAGUGAAAACGUGUGUCGGGAUCAAAUCAAGAUUAAUAUCGUUAAAUGAAGCUACGAAAAGCGUACCUGCCGCUCAUCAGAAUCGAACGUGCAGCUCCGUUAGUGCACGCACGCUAGAUACCGAAAGGAAGGGGAACGAAGCAACAAAAACACCUGUAUACAAAAUCUAUAGUCCUAUCUUAGAGGCGCAACAGGAAUGAAAGACAGUUGCGUCUCACUAAUCGUGGAAAUCACGAUGGAGGGGUCUUCACCACCGGAAGCGUCGUGCUACGUUGCCUAACCGUGAAGAUCCGCGAAGAUCUCAGUGUAAUCGCGUGGGUUCUCUCCGCAUUUUAAGAACGCGACAUCAAAUACCCGGGAGGAAUUGUGCAUCAACCAGCCAGUCUGGCCGUUCAUCCGUUUGCCUGGUCGUCUACCCCUACUAAACCGUCCUGACCAAACGUUUAACAGGGGUACAAAAAGAAUAAACAUGAUGGCGUCGCGAGAGAGAUAGGACGACUUGGCGACCAAGGAGAGGGAGAAGGAAAGAGAGAGAAAGAGAGACAGACAGACAGACAGACAGAGAGAGGGAGAGAGAAAGAGAGAGCGAGCGAACGAGCAAGGGAGAAAGAAAGAAAGAAAGAGAACUCAGCCAGUCAGCUAGCCAACCAACCAGUCAGUGUGCCAGAAGCGACGAACGUUCGUCUCGUGUUUUGUUUCUAUGAUAAAAAGAAUAAUCCGUCGUUCCUGAAUCAUCCACCCAUUUUUGCAUUUAUCCGUCGUCAGACGGAAAUCGUAACCAUCGGAAGUAGAAACAACCGUUGCCCGAUUAAUGUUGAAGGAACAGUUCGCUUGUAAACAGUUAUCAAGGUGCGGCCACGUUCUUCGUGUUCGCGCGGUGUUUGCUUCGAUUUUCAUGGGUGCGGGGUCCACGACCGAGCCGGCUAGAAAUUCAGCGUAUCGUCCGGCGACACGGUGGCUCGAUUUCGGCGUCAGGCAGCCGCAAGGGUAAUAUGUCGCUCUCGAGGGAAUUUCGUGUUGCGAUUCGGUGCCGGUGACGAUGACCGCUGUUUGAAAUCGUGAUACGUUUGAAAUAUUUUUUCUGGCCCGAUUCGCAAUAACGCCAGCAGUCCGGCGACGAACGGAAUGAUAAUCAACGACCGAAGUAUGCUGUAAAUAAAUUCAUACGCAACGUUCGUCCUUCCAUGCGACGAGCGACUGCCCCUUUGAUUCUCAAAGAGGAAAAUCUUUUUCUAAUUAGACAUAACGAUUUCGACCGGACUAGAACUUUGCCAGCGACGUUAUUCAAGAUAAUCGGCACAAUGAUCCACGGAGGGUGUCAGGAGAUCUGAUGGUGACGCGUGUAUCGGGAAAUUUCUGUGCGGUUCGAUUCGAAUUUUACCGCGCUCAUGGUCGGUACGAUUAAAUUGAUUAACGAAGAGUGGCCCCACCGAACGAAAAUUUAGAGGGACAAAUUGGGGCGGCCGGAAUCAAGAUAAUAUACAUAUAUACGUAUAUCGACGGAAAACAACGUAUUGGGGAAAAGGUGUCCGAUGGAACGAAGUGGUAAAACUCGGCCGGCUCGGUGCCAAUAACCUCCGGUCAGGAGAGGUUGGACAGUUUUCGCACGAUGCUGCAUUCGCCCUCGUGCAAUGCGAUAGAUUACAAAAUUAGACGUUCGAAGGCUCGUACGAAGGUAAAAGGAACGGCGCGUCGUUUCCAUGCGGUAAAGAAGGUGGAGACACUGGCCGAUGGUAACGAGGGAAGAAGGGUCAAGCGGCGAAGGGAAUUGAUACGAGUCGGAUGAAUAAUUUCGACCGACUGGGGGGUUAGACAGCUGUGCGUUGUAGCCGGGAAGUGACGUCAGGCCCAACCGGGUUCCAUAGUUCCUCUUGUUUUUCUCGCUGGCUCGUGCGUUCUCUUGGCUGUUCGGCUGAUCCUAUUUUUGUGGAGGGGUGCGUGUUCGUGCGGCAACGAAAAUCGUAUCGAAGGAACCAGGCACAGAGCCGGAACUGGCCCGCCGCGCUGUUUCGGUGCGGUGCUUUGUUCUUUGUCGUUAGAAGAAUCACAUCACAGCUUCUAGUCCGUUGCAUUUACACACAACACCUAUUAUAGACGCGCGUAUAACAAAUACGCGUACCGAGGAGGCUCGUCGUUCUUUUAAUUCCUUUCUCCGGCUUCUCGGGGAAAAUAUUUUUAGACGAUCGAUCAUAUUUCGAAUUACAAGCGAGUAUCUUUCGCAGCGCGACGUACUUUGGGGGAUCGAAACACACGUUCCUCCGAGCGGUUUCUGGCCAACAAUAUACCCGUUGACCGGCAACGGUUCGAAUACGUCCCGAUACGCCUCGCGCUAACUCGAUUAUUUUCGUUUAUCGUUCGUCUUCACGGAACGGCUCGACAUUUAAAGCAUUUUUACGACGAGACUGAAACCAAUCGUAUUGAUUUGUCGAUUCAUUUCUAAGAACAUCGACGACAGACGUCACAGGAUCGUCUGAAGAAUUAUUAAUUACAAAUCCCGGUUGACUAAGACGAACGGUAAUACCAUUUAUUGCGUUCGACUGAUGCCGACGUCAACGAACCAAUAUGCUUUUUUAUCUACACGACAAUACAUUGUAAGGUAUCGAAGAACAGCGACCGGAAGUUAAAACAAAGAAAUACGACGAAAGUGUUCUGCGCGAUCGAUGCGCCUGACUGUCCUCCAUCUUAUCGCAGGAUCUAUCUUGGAAACGUCAAGCGGUUGCGAUGACCACGGCCAGGAAGUGAUCAUAGACGCGGAAGCGGACACUCCAGCGAGGCUGAGUCCCGACCUUCCUCGGUCCUUGCCCCCGAAAAUAUCGCGCGCGUUCCGAACUCGUAGUCGGGUGGACGCCACCCACCCAAUGAGGGGUCUAACACGUUCGCCGCCACGCAACUCGCCACGAUCAUCGUCACCGGGGGAAGACCAGACCGCGAAGUCGGGAGUGUGUUCACUGUGGCCGUCGUCGAUGCGCGUCCCUUUCCGCCAGCGAUGUACCGGCUGCGUAAAACUACAGGUACAUGCUGUUGUGUAGCAUGAACGUUCCAGUUGUGACGCGACGUCGACGAACAUCGAAGCAUCGUUCACCAUUGACGGACGUAGCGGCGAACGUGUUGACGAUAUCGGCGACCACGAUCGAAAUGCCGUUGCCAAGGCCGCAGACCUACAUCUCGUCCAGCGAGAACAAUCAUUUACCGCCAUUGAAGGCGAGUACACUGUCCCUGAAGCAGCCGGCCGGCGAGUCUUCGCCGAGUCACUUGGCCCAUGCCGGUCACAUGGUUAGCACCCACUUGCCCAGCCUGAGUUCCAGUGCGAACAACAGUCUGCUCAGCCUGACUGGGAACUCGGACAGCCUGAAUCUGAGUUUGAGCUCCCACACUAGCCACAACUCGAGUCAUAACUCGAGCCACAACUCGAGCCACAACUCUAGCCAUAAUUCCAGUCACAAUUCGCACGCACAGCCGAACGGCCAGUCUAGCAGCGCGUUGGUGAAAAACGGCCGGUCAGACGCCAGCUCACUGGACGGUGUGCCUUUCAAGCCGAAGUCCAUCACCGUCACGCCAGAGUUGGUCAUGAAGGUCUACAAAGACAAGCUGACUGCAUACGAGCAUCAGGAGAUCUUCAAGUAUCCGGAGAUCUAUUUCAUCGGGGCGAACGCGAAGAAGAGGCAAGGCAUCAUCGGCUGGCCGAACAAUUGUGAUUAUGACAACGAUCAGGGUUCCUACAUACACGUGGCGCACGACCAUGUGGCGUACAGGUACGAGGUGCUCAGGGGAAUCGGUCGGGGCUCGUUCGGUCAGGUGGUGAAGGCGUACGACCACAAGAUGCAAGAGCAUGUCGCAUUGAAGAUGGUCAGGAACGAGAAGAGGUUCCAUCGACAAGCGCAAGAGGAGAUCAGGAUACUUAGGAAGCUACGGGAACAGGACAAGGACGAUACGAUGAACGUUAUACACAUGUUUGACUCGUUCACGUUCCGUUCCCACAUGUGCAUCACCUUCGAGCUUCUCAGCAUCAACCUCUACGAGCUGAUCAAGAAGAACAAGUUCCAGGGAUUCAGUAUGCAGCUCGUCAGGAGGUUCGCUCACUCGUUGUUGCAGUGCCUCGACGCUCUCUACAAGAAUAAAAUCAUUCAUUGCGAUAUGAAGCCGGAGAAUGUUCUUUUGAAGCAGCAAGGACGUAGUGGUAUCAAGGUGAUAGAUUUUGGUUCAAGCUGCUACGAGAAUCAGCGCGUCUACACCUACAUACAGAGUCGAUUCUACCGGGCGCCGGAGGUAAUCCUUGGCGCGAAGUACGGCAUGCCGAUUGACAUGUGGAGCCUGGGCUGCAUAAUCGCGGAGUUGGUCACCGGAUUCCCGUUGUUGCCGGGCGAAGAGGAGGCGGACCAGUUCGCCUGUAUAAUCGAGCUGCUGGGCAUGCCGCCGCCGCGGCUACUCGAAUCCGCAAAACGAUCCAGAGACUUUAUUAACUCGAAGGGUUAUCCGCGCUACUGCACCGGGACCACGAUGUCCGACGGUUCCAUCGUAUUGAGUGGCGGUUACUCGCGCAAGGGUAAACGCCGAGGCCCACCUGGCAGCCGGGAUCUGCGUCGAAUCCUGAAGAACUGCGACGACCCGUAUUUCCUAGACUUCAUACACCGUUGUCUGGAAUGGGAUCCGGAGCAGAGGAUGACACCCAGCAAGGCGUUAAAGCACGGUUGGUUGCGGCGCAGACUGCCGAAACCACCAGAAAAGACAGCCAGCAGCAAUGACAACGCGUUGCCCUCGGUGCCACCUGCCGCGGCGCCACCAUCCUCCACCACCGGUCUACGGAUCUCCGCAUCGGGCAGCAGGAGCUCCAGCAAGACAAACAGCCUGCAAAGCAACAACAUCGAGAACACGAAUAAGAUGAAACAGCUGAACGACAUGUUUCAAACGGUGAACACUCUUUACUCGGCACUGCAACGAAAGUACGGAGGUCCGGUGCUUGCUGGCGGUCAUCAGGCAGGCGUCAGCAGUCACCCGCUGAACUCCGUGGCUGGUGCUAGUGUCGGUAGUGGUGUUGUUUGUACUGGUGGUGGUGGUAGUAGCAGUAGUACUAGUGGUGACCAACAACAGCAGCAACAGCAACAACAACAGCAGCAGCAACAGCAGCAGCAGCAGCACAGCCAUCAAUUGCAGGGACAACAGCACAAUAACGGAUCCCGCGGCUCCCAUGGAUCCCAUGGAUCCCACGGAUCCCAUGGAUCUCACGGAUCCUCUCACGAUAGCCACAACUCGAGGAUAGUACUGUGAUCGACGACGCGUUACGUCGCUAAACGAUUGCUGAACGAACUGACCAGUCGUUCGCGGCAACGUCGACCCUCCGUCUCGCCAACCGGCCGACGCUGCGUCACCUCCAGCGCCCCAGCCCGCGUCUCCAGGUUCCGAACAUCCUCGCCCGAGAACGUUCGUCUGCGAUGCGUUACUUAGCCAGGGUGGUGCAUCGCUACCGACGUUCACGGGCUGAGAUUACUCGCGAGGUCCGUCGAGCAUCUCCCAAACCGAACUCAAUACGUUCGCAGCGGUCUAUAAGGCACACUGCUACUUGCGUGCGUCUGUUUAUUCCGAUGCGACGAAUCUCCCGCUGAAAAUGAACAUCUCGCAAACAGUUUGAUACUUGCGAGAUUUUCCGCUGAAACUUAUUAAUAAUACGAAGGAACUGUUCUGCGAAUGUUUCGCGGUGAUAGAUUCGCAGCGGUUUACGCGGUUCAGAAAAGUUCCUCCCAUCGAGGAUCCGGUGAAACGGUGUGCGAGUGUUUCGCGGCAAUCGAUUCGCAGCGACACACUAUACGGCGUGCACGUUAUUUCACGUUGAUGCGGGAAAUUUCAAUUGAUAUUUGUUACUGAAAUCGAGACGUAUUCCGCGGAUACAUGGCACCGGAUGAAUUUUCAGCGAUGUAACGUGACGGUUGCUCGCGGCGGCGCGAGACGCACGAAGAAAUAUUUCAUGGAUAUUUCACUGCCGCGGUAGUUGCGAGUAUUCCGCGUUGGUUCGGGGGAUCUCUUUCGACUCCGCGACCCUCGGUUGGCUAGCUUUGAGGAUGGAUCGACUCGUUUGUUCGGUCUCAGCGCGCCAACUUCGUUCUCGUCGGAGAACUCGGCGAAGUCUUGGGGAUUGAGCGGCAGAAUACACUGAAAGAAAUAAGCUGGACAGAGAGGUCCUCCACGAAAAGCGUCUUGUACACGCUUUGCUGAGUAAGUUGUUAGGAUUCUUUUCUUUUUUAUCCUCUGCUAAGAGAAUCAUCCCCAGGACUUCGUUAAGGUGUCCGCAAAGAUCGCACUUAUCUGGUGCGUCACGAGGCGAGCUGGCUCCCCGAUUCCGCCUGUGAUAACAGCCGAUCGGCUAUCGUUUCUACGUACUCGGGUAGCUGUGUGACCGAUACAGGAUCUACAUGCGCAUCGUGAAAUGAGAAAAGUUGUAUUCAGUCAACCCUGCCAGGUGUAAGAGAAAUUAUUUAGCGAAACGCGCCAAGCAACCAUCUCGACCAGCCGAGAUUCGCGGACUCGAACAUUUUAGGAGUAUCUCGAAUCAGUGAUAGAUACUCGCAACGAAUGGCAGACUACUUCUCUCUUUAAAUCUCCAUUGAGACUCAUUUACUGAUAGAAAACAUUCAGAUGGCCCAUUUUGUGAAUAUUUCGCACUGGUUCGGGGGACUCCCAAAUGACACUGCUCGCCGCGUAGCCAGGCUUCGCCAGUUGCCAGUCCUAAUUGGUUGCGCGAGGACGACCACCGCGAGGUCAUUGUGCCGGGGAGGGUUGGGAGGUGGCUAGGGGGGAGUAAACCAAAGAUUCGCGCAGCGUCGACGAGAGAUCGAUCGCAGGCGUAGCCGAACACGGUUCACACGGUCGACGACACCCCGGCCUGUUCGCGAUGUCCGAGCGACGGCUUCCGGGAAUCUAAUAAUCGAAGGGCACGCGCCGUAGUGAAUAGAGUUGUCCCGAGUUUUCUGGGUCGGUGGAUUCCUCUGUGGCGCUGCCAGUGAGAAGAGAGCGUUGAUUUCAUUUGUACUCUCUCGUCGGAAGAGAGUUUUGUCGUCGAUCGAACGGACCGUUGGCUUCCUUCAGCCUAGCCCCGUCUUUUCUCGAGUGGACGAAGUUAGAGAUAUGUACCUCACGGAGAUGCGUGUCACGAGCCACCGCGAACAGCCUCGAACGAUCGACGGAUUCGUAUCGACUCGACGACGUUCCGAUUUUGCGACACCUGUCGCUUCCUUUUCUCUUUCUUUGUCCCAAGUUUCGUUUAUCGUUAAACGACGAUGAUAGUGGCGAUGAUAUUGUUAGCCCUGUUCUACGGAUCCUACAGGAAUUGUGAAUAGGCUCGCGAAUUGGGUCGCGACUCCGCCCACGAAUCGAUUGUACAGAAAUUAAAAAUGAAUCCCUUCUUUGUCUAGUUAAGUGGCGCGUAUGUCACGUGUUAUUUAGUAAUUUAUACGGAUAGAUCGUACUCGUUCGGUUCAUAGGAUCGACGAUGACACGCUCAGAUACUUAACCCCCUAAUGAACCUCUGUCCGCUACUGUUUCCGGAUAUAAUU